GGGAGUUUCUGCUGGGGUCUGGAUUGGAGUCAGAGAAGACCGGACCCUACUGUGUAUGACUGGAGUCUAAAGGAAAAAAAACAACUUCCCUCGCCUCAAAGAGUCUACAUGUCUAAUAUUUAGACAUGUUCAGCUUUGUGGAUAUUCGGCUGGCGCUGUUGCUCAGCGCAACAGUGCUUUUGGCAAGGGGGCAAGGCGAGGACGAUCGCAUAGGCAGCAGCUGUACGUUGGACGGCCAGGUCUACAAUGACAGAGACGUCUGGAAACCUGAGCCCUGCCAGAUCUGCGUGUGCGACAGCGGCACUGUUAUGUGCGACGAGGUUAUCUGCGAGGACACUUCCGGUUGCACCAAUCCCGUGAUUCCACCCGACGAGUGUUGCCCCGUUUGCGCUGACGACGAAUACCAAGAACCCAGAGUUGAGGGACCCAAAGGUGAGCGUGGUGAGAAAGGAGACAGGGGUCCUGCUGGUCCUCCUGGUAAUGAUGGAAUUCCUGGACAGCCUGGACUUCCAGGGCCCCCAGGCCCCCCUGGACCCCCUGGCCUUGGCGGAAACUUUGCUCCUCAGAUGUCUGGAGGUUUUGAUGAGAAGUCUGGUGGUGGUAUGUCCAUCCCAGGUCCCAUGGGACCCAUGGGUCCUCGUGGUCCCCCAGGACCUCCUGGAGUCUCUGGACCCCAAGGUUUCACUGGCCCUCCUGGUGAGCCUGGUGAGGCUGGUGCUCCUGGUGCAAUGGGUCCCCGUGGUCCAGCUGGUCCUUCUGGAAAGAAUGGAGAAGAUGGGGAGUCUGGCAAGCCUGGUCGCCCGGGUGAGCGUGGCCCCUCUGGCCCUCAGGGUGCUCGUGGCUUCCCCGGAACCCCUGGACUUCCUGGUAUCAAGGGACACAGAGGCUUCAGUGGUCUAGAUGGCACUAAGGGAGAUUCAGGCCCUGCUGGACCUAAGGGAGAGGCUGGUGCCCCUGGAGAGAAUGGAGUUCCUGGCGCUAUGGGUCCUCGUGGUCUGCCUGGUGAGAGAGGCCGUGCUGGUCCGUCUGGUGCUGCUGGUGCCCGUGGUAACGAUGGUGCAGCUGGGGCUGCUGGUCCUCCUGGCCCAACUGGCCCUGCUGGUCCUCCUGGAUUCCCUGGUGGCCCCGGAGCUAAGGGAGAGGUUGGUCCUCAGGGAGCUCGUGGUGGUGAGGGACCUCAGGGUUCUCGUGGUGAGCCUGGUAACCCUGGACCUGCUGGUGCGGCCGGACCUGCUGGUAACAAUGGUGCUGAUGGUACUCCUGGUGCUAAGGGUGGCCCUGGUGCUCCUGGUAUUGCUGGUGCUCCUGGCUUCCCUGGACCCCGAGGUCCUCCCGGAGCUGCUGGUACUGCUGGUGCCCCUGGUCCUAAGGGUAAUACUGGUGAGGCUGGUGCUACUGGACAUAAGGGAGAGUCUGGUGCCAAAGGAGAGCCUGGAGCACCCGGAGUUCAGGGACCCCCUGGCCCUUCAGGUGAAGAGGGAAAGAGAGGAGCUCGUGGUGAGCCCGGUACUGCCGGCACCCGCGGACCCCCUGGCGAGCGUGGCGCUCCUGGUGCUCGUGGUUUCCCUGGUGCUGAUGGAAGUGCUGGCCCUAAGGGUGCCCCUGGUGAGCGUGGAGGCCCUGGAACUGUUGGACCUAAGGGUGCCACUGGUGAGCCUGGCCGCAAUGGUGAGCCUGGUAUGCCUGGAUCCAAGGGUAUGACUGGUAGCCCUGGCAGCCCUGGACCUGAUGGAAAAACUGGAUCUGCUGGUCCUACUGGACAAGAUGGCCGCCCUGGACCCCCAGGCCCUGUUGGAGCCAGAGGUCAGCCUGGUGUCAUGGGAUUCCCUGGACCCAAGGGAGCUGCUGGUGAGGCUGGCAAGCCUGGUGAAAGAGGUGUGAUGGGCACUGUUGGUGUUCCUGGUGCUCCCGGUAAAGACGGUGAUGUUGGCGGUCCCGGUGCCCCCGGCCCUGCUGGACCUGCUGGUGAGAGAGGUGAGCAAGGACCUUCUGGACCUCCUGGUUUCCAGGGACUGCCUGGACCCCAGGGUGCUACUGGUGAGUCUGGCAAGUCCGGUGAACAGGGUGUGCCUGGUGAGGCUGGACCUACUGGACCUCCUGGAUCCAGAGGUGACAGAGGUUUCCCUGGUGAGCGUGGAGCCCCUGGAGUUACUGGUCCUGCAGGAGGCCGUGGCUCUCCUGGUGCACCUGGUAGCGAUGGUGCCAAGGGUGAGUCUGGAGCCUCAGGUGCUCCUGGUGCUCAGGGCCCUCCCGGUCUUCAGGGUAUGCCUGGUGAGCGUGGUGCUGCAGGUCUCCCAGGUCUCAAGGGUGACCGAGGUGACCAAGGUGCAAAGGGCGGUGAUGGUACCCCUGGUAAGGAUGGCAUCCGUGGUAUGACUGGACCUAUUGGACCUCCUGGACCAGCUGGUCCUCAGGGUGACAAGGGAGAGUCUGGUGCUGCUGGGCCUGUUGGACCUACUGGAGUCCGUGGACCCCCUGGUGAGCGUGGUGAGACUGGUGCCCCAGGACCAGCUGGAUUUGCUGGACCACCUGGUGGUGAUGGUCAGCCUGGUGCUAAGGGAGAGUCUGGAGAUACCGGUUCUAAGGGUGAUGCUGGUGCCCCUGGUCCUGCUGGACCUACUGGAGCGCCAGGACCUCAGGGUCCUGUCGGUUCUACUGGACCCAAAGGUGCUCGUGGUGCUGCUGGUCCUCCUGGAGCUACUGGUUUCCCUGGUGCUGCAGGCAGAGUUGGACCUCCUGGCCCUGCUGGUAAUUCUGGCCCCCCUGGACCUCCUGGACCUUCUGGAAAGGAAGGUGCAAAGGGUGUCCGUGGUGAGACUGGACCUGCUGGUCGCCCUGGUGAGAUUGGUGCUUCUGGUCCUCCUGGUCCACCUGGUGAGAAGGGAAAUCCUGGAUCUGAAGGUGCCACCGGACCCUCUGGUAUCCCCGGACCUCAAGGUUUUGCUGGACAGCGUGGUAUUGUUGGUCUUCCUGGACAGAGGGGCGAGCGGGGAUUCAGUGGUCUCCCUGGCCAAUCUGGAGAGCCUGGCAAGCAGGGACCUGGUGGCCCCUCUGGUGAGCGUGGACCUCCUGGACCCAUGGGACCUCCUGGACUGGCUGGACCUCCUGGCGAGCCUGGUCGUGAGGGAACUCCUGGUAAUGAGGGUGCUGCUGGCCGGGAUGGUGCUGCUGGCCCCAAGGGUGAUCGUGGCGAGUCUGGUGCUGCAGGCGCUCCUGGUGCCCCUGGACCCCCAGGCGCUCCUGGACCAAUCGGCCCUGCAGGAAAAACUGGUGACCGUGGAGAGUCUGGUCCACAUGGUCCCGCUGGUGCUGCUGGCCCUGCUGGUCCUCGUGGCCCAUCUGGACCUGCUGGAGCACGUGGAGACAAAGGUGAGACUGGAGAGGCUGGUGAGAGAGGCAUGAAGGGACACAGAGGAUUCACCGGAAUGCAGGGACCUCCUGGACCUCCUGGACCUUCUGGUGAAUCUGGACCUGCGGGAUCUUCUGGCCCUGCUGGACCUAGAGGACCUGCUGGAUCUUCUGGGUCUGCUGGUAAGGAUGGCAUGAGUGGACUUCCUGGACCCAUUGGACCCCCUGGACCUCGUGGUCGCACUGGUGAAAUUGGACCUUCUGGACCUCCUGGACCACCUGGACCUCCCGGAGCCCCUGGACCUUCCGGAGGCGGAUUUGACAUUGGCUUUAUUGCUGCACCCCAAGAGAAGGCCCCAGAUCCUUUCCGUCACUUCCGUGCUGAUGAUGCCAAUGUGUUGCGUGACCGUGACCUGGAGGUUGACACUACACUCAAGUCCCUGAGCCAGCAGAUUGAGAACAUCCGCAGCCCUGAUGGCACCAAGAAGAACCCUGCACGCACCUGCCGUGACUUGAAGAUGUGCCAUCCUGACUGGAAGAGUGGUGAGUACUGGAUUGACCCUGACCAGGGCUGCAACCUGGAUUCCAUCAAGGUCUUCUGCAACAUGGAGACUGGUGAGACCUGUGUCUACCCAACACAGCCUGAAAUUCCCAAGAAGAACUGGUACACAAGCAAGAACAUCAAGGAGAAGAAACACGUCUGGUUCGGUGAGGCCAUGACUGACGGCUUCCAGUUCGAGUAUGGUGGUGAGGACUCCAAGUCUGAGGAUGUCAACAUCCAACUCACCUUCCUUCGUCUUAUGUCCACCGAGUCCUCCCAGAACAUCACAUACCACUGCAAGAACAGCAUUGCCUACAUGGACCAGGCUACAGGCAACCUGAAGAAGGCUCUGCUGCUGCAGGGCUCCAAUGAGAUUGAGAUCAGAGCAGAGGGCAACAGCCGCUUUACCUACAGCGUGAUUGAGGAUGGCUGCACGUCACAUACUGGUGCAUGGGGCAAGACAGUCAUCGACUACAAAACAACAAAAACAUCUCGCUUGCCUAUUAUUGACAUCGCCCCUAUGGACGUUGGUGCACCUGAUCAGGAAUUUGGCAUUGAAGUUGGCCCAGUCUGCUUCUUGUAAAAAAGAAAUCUGGACUUGAAAUUGUUUGUGUGUUGUGUGUGUUUUUCUAGCAGUCAUCUCUAAAAUCUUUUCUAUGCAUUAAAAAGCCCUAGACUUCGAUUUGGCUGUCCAAAUGGUCCACUUGCUUAGAGCUGCACUUCAGAAGACAGUGGUUGUGUGUUAUCAAGCUUCUUUUGGGACCACUAUUUUACCACCAUCUACAUGGAGGAUACUUUAGAAGACUCAUUUGUUUCACUGGCAACAAGAAAAUAAUAUACUUCUAAAGCAUAAAAUCCCCCUGGAGUAAAAAAAGGAAAACGUAUAAAAACAUCACAGAUACAGGUGACUUUUUUACCACUGCGGAAGGACAAUGAAAAGAGAAACCAAAUGCUUUGUACCAUGUUCAGGUGUUAAAUAAAUCUGUAAAAUGACAUUUAAGUGUCUUUGUGUUCUACCCAUCAGAUCAAGUGACUGACCAGCAUGAAUCAUCAUUGUUCCUUUUAAUCGUUGCAGAAAAAAACUGAACUAACAAGAGACAGGGGUUCGAUUUCAUUUUGAUAUCUUAUGGCUACCUCAGAAAAGAAACCUAUAUUGUUAUCCAGUGUUGACCAACACCAGGUUAGGAUUUUAGACUGCAGAGGUAUGAUUAACCAAGCAAGUAACAGCUGCAAAAGGUGCUAUUUCAUGAGGUCCUGUUAGUGGGAUGUGUUAGAGUUGUGCUUUUUUUAAAAAAGAAAAAAGUAAUGUAUUGUUUGUCACUCUUGCUCACUGGGCCUUUGGUGCUAAAGAUCAUAUUAUCUUGCUGUCCAGUUGUAACAGAUGCCUCUCUUGUUGAAGUGUUUUGCUGCAAGCCUUGCAGUAGGCCUUUGAUUAGGGAAUAACAGGUUUUGAUGCACAUAGUCUUUUUAAGUGUAGAAAUAAGCAGGUGGAGUCUGAUUUUUUUAAUUUUAUGAUUUUUAUUUUCCAGCACCUUCUGACACUUUUUGGUUGUUGUCUUUUUUGUUGUUUUUGUUUUUACAAGAAAUGCCCCAAGUGAUGUCCACUGGGUAUUUACAAUGCCCCUUCUUCCCCAUUUUAUCAAAUUUCUUUCUUGUUUUUGUCUUUUGUUUUGCCCAAGGGUUUGGAAAAGAUGAUAGCAAGAGAAAUAGAGAAUCCCCAAAGGCAGAGAGAGAACCAGACACACAAUAGGGGUUAAAACAAGAGGAUCUGUACCUAUUUUGUAUAUGUAUAAUAAUUUGAGAUGUUUUUAAUUAUUUUGAGUGCUGAAAUAAAGCAUGUCAAGUGGUCGACCUUA